AUGAAUCCAAAAGUUCAUACCUAUCUUACAGUGACUAUAGACGAGAAUAACACGUAUGUGACAAGUGACAAGUUUGAAUUGAAAACCGAGGAUGGGAGACCGCUGUUUGUCACAGGUUCUCAUCUCAACCUUGAUGGAUACCAUGUCAAAAAUCUUCACGCCCCUUCUAUAGACGUAGGAUCGAUACACGGUUUAAAUUCUGAAGACUUCGAGGUGGCAGCAAGCAGUAAAUUUCCAGAUCUUUUGAUUGAAUCUUUUCAUGAGGCAGACAUAUUUGGAAUGGAAGGUGUUAGAGUAGAAACACAAGGAAAUAUUAAAAUUGUUGCUGCAGAACAAGAUAUAACUAUCAACUCAUUGGAAGAUUCUUUAAAGUUUAACCAGGAGGAAGGCAUUUACAUUGAUUCCAGUCUUCCACUAGAUGGUAAAGGCUCGCCAAAAACAGGCACCCACUUAAAGUUAUGUGUUUGUGGCUCUAAUGGCCGUGUAUUUGCUGUGCCAGACAAGGGAGAUAAGUCAGGCUGUCAUAUUGCUAACGAAGAUGUAAACCCUUGUUCAGAAUAGUUAUUGAAACAUUACUAUUUUAAUUGUUUUCAUUAGUCAGUGGAAAUGCUAUGUUACUUGCGUUGAAAUCUCAUUGUUUAAACCGUCCAAAACUUACAUUUGUUUAGUUAUUUAAACUUUGUGAUAGAAAUGAUGAAAAUUUGAUACGUUUUUGAAAUUUUCAAGUUAUUGUUGAGAUCAUAUUUAAACCUCCUUAAUCUUAUUUUGAGAUUAGUUUUUGAAAUGCUGAGAUUAUUUCUGAUUUAAUUAUUAUAAGUACUAUUAUUAUUUAUUGAAACAUUCUGAAAUAGUGUUGAGAUAAGGUAUUUGUAUCUUUUAAUUAUUGUUGAGAUUAGUUAUUAAGACUUUUUUUACAAUGUACUCCUAUGUUGUUAUUAGUUAUUUAAAAAAUACUUUAGUGUUGAGAUCAUUUAUCGAAACCUUACAACAUACUUUAAUGUAAAGGUCUGUUGUUGAAACCUUUUUGCAAUGUACUCCUAUGUUGUGAUUUGUUAUGGAAACCAUCUUACUCUAGUGUUGAGAUCAUUUAUUGAAACCUUACAAAUUUAAUGUUGAAGUCAGUCAUUGAAACCAUUUUACAAUGAUCUUCUAUGUUGUUAUUACUGUUGAAACAGUCUUACAAUAUACUCUUGUGUUGAGAUCAUUUAUUGAAACUUUACAACAUACUUUACUGUUGAGGUUAGUUAUUGAAACCUUUUUACAAUGAUCUUCUAUGUUGUUAUUACUGUUGAAACAGUCUUACAAUAUACUCUUGUGUUGAGAUCAUUUAUUGAAACUUUACAACAUACUUUACUGUUGAGGUCAGUUAUUGAAACCUUUUUAGCUCACCUGUC